ACUCGACAGACACAGAAGCUGGAAGGCAGCAUCUAGUGGCAUCCAGGUGCCAGUAAGAUCUGGAGUGGCCAGAGUCACUGUUGGAAGUGACUGAUGACUGUCAGCAAUCCAGAUGUCAUCCAGGAAAGAGAGGAUUGGUUCCCGGAAGGCUGGAAAAGUUGUGGAACUGAGCUACAGACCCUGCAGGGCCUCAUUGUGGACAUACUUGUUAUUUGGUUUAAGUCACUAUCUGAUGAAGAACAGACCCGGGUCGGUAAGACAGAUCGUACAAAUGGGCAGCCCCUUGGAAUGCUGGUGGAUGUUGCCUGUGGGACUGGACGCUACACUUUACCUCUAGCUCCUCACUUCGAGAAGGUCCUGGGAAUAGACAUUAGUGAAUCCCAAAUGAAUUUGGCUAAACAAAGUACAUCCGCAAACAACAAUGUGUCGUACAUGGUGGCUUCAGCAGAGAAGAUACCUGUGAAGAAUGAUUCUGUGGACCUGGUGCAUUCUGGACUUGCUGCACAUUGGUUUACAAUAGACAAGUUUCUCAGUGAGGCAGUUCGAGUACUGAAGACAAAUGGAUGCCUGGCUUUACAUGCUUUUUAUCCAGCCACUGAGAUUGAAUACAAGGAUUUGUCACGUGAUCUGAGCGCAGUAAUGUCAGAGGUAUGGGAUACUUUGCUCCAGUAUGUUCAAAAAAGCGUAAUACAGCCCCUGCUUUGCCAGUACCAAAAUAUAUACGAGGCUAUUCCACUAAAGGACAAGGAAUUGAUCACGGAUAUACCAGUCACCAUGCAGAUGUCCAUUUCUGAAAUUAUUGGAUUUAUCCAGUCAAUUUGUAUGUACGACGCAUUCAUAGAGAAGGAUGCGAAAAAAGCAGGACAGUUUCUUAUACAGACUGAAAAAAGAUUCCGAGAGAUACUUGGAGAAGAGGCUGAUUCUGUCCGGCUGAAUGUGCUUGUAAAACACUUCUGCGUCUUUGCUUGCAAACAUUAAGAUGGAGACCUGCUGAAUCUAUACAUAAGAAGAAGUUUUCUUUUUUCAUAUUAUCCUGAACAGAACUAAUAUGAGUAAAAUAAAAAAAUAAUUAAAGAGCGUGUGUCAGCAGUU